AUGACUGUGAGGAUGAGUAAUUUGAUGGAAAAGCUAGUAGCCCCUCAACAAGCAGCUUACAUAAAAAGAAGAUGUAUCCAAGAACAAGUACUUCUAGCCUCUGAAAUGGUCAAUGAAAUGAAGAAAAAAAGAAGAGGAGGUAAUGUUGGACUCAAACUUGAUAUUUCUCAAGCAUAUGACUCAGUGAGUUGGGAAUUUCUUUUUCAAGUACUUCAAAAAUUUGGUUUCUCCACAAGCUGGUGUGAUUGGUUACAUACUAUUUUUAAAUCAACAAGAAUAUCACUUUUAAUCAAUGGAGGUCCAUGUGGUUUUUUUCCAGUUAGUUGGGGUCUCAGGCAAGGAGAUCCCCUAUCUCCAAUUCUGUUUGUGCUAAUGGAGGAGGUCCUAAGUAAUAAGAUAACUCAAUUUGUGAAUGAAGGAAAAAUCAAUCCAAUUGUUAUAAGAAAAGGAAUUGGUCCAACACAUCUGUUUUUUACAGAUGAUGUUUUUAUGUUUUGUAAUGGAGGAAAAAAAUGUCUUCAAAAUUUCCAGCAAUUACUAGAAACAUAUCAACAAUGCUCUGGGCAAAUCACUAAUAAGAGCAAGAGUAAACUGUUCAUUGAUGGUACAACUUGCUUAAGGAAGAAAAUGAUACAAGAUAUAAUGCAGAUGGAGAUAAGUGAAUUUCCUGAUAAGUACUUGGGUGUCAUUUUAGCAGCAGGCAGAGUUAAAACCUCAACAGUGUGGCCAAUGGUGGAGAUGUUACAGGGUAAACUUGCUGCUUGGAAAGGUGAAACUCCACUGGUGAAUAAUAUGAGUAAUUCUCAACUUUUUCUAAACAACAAGAAGAUGAAGCUAGAUGAUAUUAUAUAUGAAGGUGCAUGGGCUAUACCAAGUGAAAUACAAGCAGUGAUAAUGAACCAAUCAUUACCAGAAAUCAUUGGAGAUGAGGAUGAAUUGAUAUGGAAUGGUGAUAUUAAAGGAGCAUUUAUAAUGUCAGCAGCAACAAACAAGCUCAGACACAAAGAAUCCAGAAAGCAUUGGUCAAGUUAUGCCAUCUUUCAAGUUAAGUCCCCCAAAUCAUUUGAUGAUAUUUGGAAAUAUACAAAGAAUAAAAGUCCCCUGAUACAGGAAAUAUGGAUCACAGCUUCUUGUGUUGCUCUAAAAGAAAUAUGGUUUCAAAAAAACAAGAAAUAUUUUGAAGAAGUAAAGCCAAAUGUGCAGAAUAUACAAAGAAGAGUAAUGAAAUUAGUGAAAGAGGGUGGUCUGAGAAUGAAAGGGCAUAAAUGGAACCAAAUUUAUGAUGAACAGAUAAUAAAGUUCUUCAGUCUGGGGCACAGAAGCACAAAAUAUCAGUGUAUCAGAACUUGUUUCUGGACUCCUCCAACAAAUGGCUAUAUUCUGUUUUGUUGUGAUGGAUCAUCAUUUGGUAAUCCAGGUGCAGCAGACUUUGGAGUGGUAGUCAGAGAUGAAUAUUGCCAAGUAAUAGGUACUUUAAGUGGUGGUUUGGGUAUGGCAACAAAUUAUAUAGCCGAAAACUAUGUUUUAUUAUGUGCAACAGAAUUAGCUUUUGAAUGGGGUUUAACAAAGAUUAUCAUCAGGUCAUAUUCCAAAACUGUGUUGCAGGAGUUUGAAGCAGAUAAGGUACCAUGGUUUCUCAGGGCAAGAUGGAGGAAAGCAAGAUCAAAAAUUGCUUCUAUAAAAUUUGAACAUUGCUACAGGGAAGUUAAUUUCUCUGCAGAUAUAGUGGCUAAGAGAUGA